AUGCAACCUCAAUCCAACACGACCGCGGAACGACCUUCUGACCAGGUCCUCAUGGACCGGAUUCAGCGUCUUAAGGCCCUCCUCAAGGAGGGAAGUUCCUGGGGGCCUGGAGAUGCUGAUUUAGACAAGAAGAAACAGCUCUUAAAAGCGUCUGAUGCCGUCUAUGCUGCUAAACGUGAAAAAUGGGUCAAGAAAAAGCAAAUGGGUCGCGCCAUAUCCAUCUGGUUCAAGUACCUUUCUUCAGAUAACGAUGCUCGCGCCGACGCCUCCAAAAUCAACUUGGACAUUUUGAAGCAGGACGUUUUUACUGACAUUCAAGUUGAUCGAUCAAACCCCGCCCUUGCUCCGGCCCAACCCCCUGCUCCUAGGAUCCCUCCUGUUCCAGAAGUAGUGAUUACUGCACCACCACCCACUCCUUCGAGAUCGAUUGCGACCAACAAGGCACCUUCCAGCGCGACAUCGCAGAUCAAGAGAACGGCAAGUCGGGACGUUGGUGCUGGGAGUGAAGGACAGACUGCAAAGAAACAGAGGGUUGACUCCUCGACAAAUGCGGCCGGGGAGCAGAGGAGAAGGGAAUCCAAUGGAAGCGAUCAGGGAGGAAAAGGCGAGGAUAGAAGGCGGGAUCUCAGCCCCAUUGCAGAGGAGGAGGGAGGGGCUCUGGGUAACGACGCCCUCAAGAGGAAGGAAGGGCCGAGUGCGUCGACGGAACGGAAGAGGAAGAAGUCGAAGAAAACCACCACCGCGGAGUUGACCGGGCAACUCGCCGUGGAGGAAUCUCCAUCCAGUUCCUCUCGUCCUCAGCCAAAAAGGAACCGCAAUGACCCACCGCCAGACCACACCCUAGCAUCCUCACCAUGCAAAAAUUGUACCACCAGACAGAUUCCUUGCUACACCGGCAAAGCCAACGUCGCUUGUUGGCCCUGCCAGACAGGCCACAUGAGUGGUUGUAACUUCUCUCGUUACAAGCGAGGUCAAUCGAAGCGAUCCAAAAGCCGAGGUCGAUCGAAGAGCAGGGAUAGGGAAUCUCGUCGCGGGGAGGAGGAAGCCGCCAACUCCGGCGAUGACGACGAUGACAACGCCCCUACGUCGAGGAACGAAAGGGCCCCACCAACCACAACCCGCACGAACAUUCCUCAAUCCGCACGGACAGCAAGCCAGCUUAGCACACCCGAUGCCACUCCCGGGUCCCUGAUCCUCUCGAACCCACCAACUCCUUCCGUUCCUCUCGACAGUGCCGCAGCUGUGCUUCCCCCGCUGCCCCGACGUCCACGACCGACGCCGAGACCCAGGAAGCCAUCCUUCACGACAUCCGCCGAUACUGCAUCCCCAAACACUGGACCAGCCAUCGUGGAAUCAGCAAUCAAUAAUCCGAUCGUCCAAGCAUCCGCCAGUACCCAGGAGUCAAACGCUGCGGAGUCUCAGAAUGUUCGUCAGAGCACCCACCGCGUUAUAGCCCCGGCGGGAACGACUUCGGAACCUCAGCCAUCACAAUUGCAGGACAGGGAAGCGAAUGACGCUGUAUCCGAUGCCCAAGGGAAUGCCACCGGCGCUGACCUCACUUUUACCUCAGCCAACUACUCACAGAAGUCAGAUCCUGUUUCCACUGAAAUGGUUUGGCAAAUGUUUCAAGAUCUAUUGACCCAAGGCAUCUCGAAGCUUGACGAACGGGUACACGACAACGAAUCCAAAGUUCUUGGCAUGAAGUCCGCGCUUGGCGUCCUGCUGGAGUCGAAUGAGGCGCGUCAGAAGGAUGCGGACCGCAUUUCGAAGCUUGAAGCAAGGCUGGACGAAACGACCGCACUUGUCCAGACCUACCGCACCGAGCUUGAGCUUGCCAAGGCCAAGGUGGAACAACAGGCGGGCAUCAUCGGCGAGUAUCGGAACCUCUUGGGCCUCAGCGGUCUCUUCCAGCAGUUGCCUUUCCUCUCGGGAGGAUCGAACUUGACAGCACCAACACCCCCCGCAAAUGGCCAGCCUUCCGGGUCUAACCCCACAUCUUUCACCCACGCUCGCUCCGCCACUUCCGCGCCUUCGCAUCAGGGACAUCCUCGCGCCCAAUCCUCAACCACCUCGGGUCCCUCCACUGCCUCCAACCACAGGGAUGUCAAUCCUAGCACGUCGCUCCCGGGAUCGAGCCCACUCCCCGGAUUUCUUCCUUCAGGGGGGGGCGAUGGGUUUGGUUUUGGCGAAGUCAACCCCUCCAUGAUGAACGUCGACCCCGACUUUCACAGCACCCCAGUUAAGUCGUCGGAAUUUCUCAACCAUUCCUCUAGCAUGCACAUGCCACCACCCACCACCGCAGCCCACGAUCAAUCCCAGUCAUUGCAGUCUUUAUCUGAGUCUGCACGAUGUAAAUCCACUAAUGACUGGAACGCCUUCUCCGCCAUCAGACCCCCUAUUGACGACACUCAGCGAGGAGGAACAAGCGCUGCGGCCCAUCCUUCCGAUACUCAGCUUGCUAUGCGACAGGAUUCAAGUGGAGUUGCAGGAGGAUUUACUGUUCAAGGAUCUGUGGGGGCAAUGGGUAGUGGAGCCAGAGAACCACCAGGGGAUCACCACGGAUUCGACACCGCCUCCCGAUUCCAAGAAGGACAGUCGCUUGGGCCAUUGAGGGCCAUCUACAGUGACAGCCCCCUCUCGUCGAUGUCCCACAGCGACUUCUCGUCUGUCUCCCAGAUGAGAACCACCUUGGAAGAGCAGUAG